CCGCCGUCACACGAGGGGGCGAAUUGUGCCCUGCUAAAGUGUUCUCACCUGAAGCCCUGUUUCCCCGGUGUGUAUAGUCCACCUGACAUCUGCGCAUGUUAUGAUGGUUGGGAAGACCAGACAUGUUUAAGAUUUUCUGCUGGAAAGAAUCUGCCAAUAAUGCCAUCUUGCGCUGUGACUCUAGCGAACAUACGGAGGACAGAUCUAAAGGAACUCUUCUACUUUAGCGUUCCUUGCACAAACGAAACAGGGAGUGAUGUGAUAUGGUGUAAUCAAGAGAACUUCAACUAUGCACGGUUCACCAUGAAUUCCUUGUACAUUCCUUUGAAUGCGUAUAUCCCGAAAGAAAGAUACAUCACAUCCAGCGGCUUUGGUAUCGUUCGUAGUGAGGCAGAUGUUCUCCACACUAAAGUGAACAGAAAUGUACGUGGACCGAACCGCAUCGUAGCUCUAAAUCACACGUACAUCUGCAACUUGAUGUCUGACACCAGCCCUUUGAAUAACGCCAGCUGCGUGAUGACAGAGAAUGACUACAUCUACAGCUUGGAACACGGAGAUGAGUUUACAGUGAAGUUUCGAACAAAGAGUGGAGGAUAUAGGCAACUAUAUGACAUCAACUAUAAUAGUCCAGGAGCAUUGCAAAUAUUCCAAGGUAAUUGGGAUGAAAAACCAGUCGAUUUCAAAUUCGACUUCAUAGCUCCAAAGCAUUGUUCGGAACAAGAUGCUUUAAUGAAAUGUGCCCCAGGACAGCAUCCAAUUAUCGUGGACAACGAUAUAACUAGGAUGGCGAUUUCACCACGAUGGAGUGGAUGGUCUGACGAUUUAUCAGGGCUUGCAUAUUACUAUGUCGAGGUAUUCCGUCUGCAACCUAAUAUUCAUAACGAAUUAAUCGAAAUGGAGCCGUUAUCGCCAGUCUUUUCCUACAUGGAAAAAAACACAGGCUCAUUAACGUUUCCGACAUAUACUCCUCAAUCGGCUGGCAUGUUCUCGAUUUUGCUGCAAACGUCCGACAAGGCCAACAAUUCCAAGAUUGCACGGCGCCUUGUGUUGUAUGACAACGAAUCAAGCAUCACACUUACAAAACCAGGCUUAGCAUAUGAAAUGCCUGAUUUGGAGCGAGUUAUGGCAAUGAAGGAAGGAGAUGGUGGAAUUUAUGUUACAAGCGCUAUCAAGGAGACGGGUUAUUUGUGGCAGACUUCACAGAAUGGCACCAAUAUGACACUUGUCUUCAGUUGGGUUUCUCAUUUUGUAAAUAAGAUACACGAUGAGGGAAAACUAUUAAAUACCAUUCUUCCAUAUCCUACUCAAUUCCAAGAUCUAGAGGACGACGGUGUGCUUCGAAGCAAAAAAUAUGUGGCAUUAGAUGACAACGAUGGUUCACGAACACGAGCGUCUAUUGCAAACAAGCACGGUGUGGUGAAAUUUGAAGUUAUGCGCGUGUAUACAGACGACAAACAGAUACCAGCAUCCGGGUGGACUGAAAUACCAUUGACGGAACAGUAUACAUUUUCCGAGGUCAUUGCUGAUGGGAGUCACGUGAGACUUUGGGUUCGAGCCACGGAUAUUAUGAAUAACACGCUGGCUGAUUAUACCGAGGUUCACAUUGACAACUCGCCUCCUAGGGUCUCCAACAGCAUGAUCCAACAGAACGUAAUAAACGGAACAUUCGUAUAUACAACAAGGUUGACAUUUGACGCGUCAGAUGAUGGUAGCGGUGUCCACAAAAUUGCAGUCGACUUAUUUGUUGCAGAUUAUGCGAAUUUUAAACGGACAGAAAUAUUCCAGGCCAAUCGGAAAAAUGAAUCUGGCGCAUGCGCAAGUGACCCUGAAUGUCGAUGCAUCUUGGAUACAUGUUUUCGACUGAAACAGUCAGUCGAUAUAGAUAACUGCUGGUUUUUAGUGCCAAAAGAAUAUCUUAAUAGUACAGGAGGAAUACAGGUCACUGUAUAUAAUCAGGCGCUUCUGACGCAAACAUUUAAUCUUUCGAUAUCAAGAUUGAGUGACUUACGCGGAUUAGAAGAAUAUUCUGGGCCAACAAACAUCAGAGUUGAAGAAAAUCUCGCUAGCGGAGUGAGACUUGUGUGGGAUCUCCCGGACAAACCAUCAUGCUAUGGACGUGUUGAUAUCGUACUCAUCAUAUACCUAGGCGGUGGACAAACUAGGAAAAUUCUGGUCAAUAGUGAGGAAAACUCCGUGGAUGUUCUUGGUCUUUAUCCGGAUCAGGAAUACAGCGUGUCGCUGAACCUUGGAUUUGAUGGAACUGAACUCGCAGCUCUCCCGUAUUCAUUCAAAACAGCUGCCCAAGAGAACCAUCUUGACGGUGGAAUAAUCGCAGGCGUUGUCAGUGCUGUAUUGGUUCUUGUUGGAGCUUUGUUAGCGGUGUUUGUUGUUUUACUCCGGAGGGGUCAUAUGCAACCGGUCAGAAGACGACUGGACGCUAUGACAGUUCGCUACCGGAAGUCUCGGUUUGCUAGACCUCGUUCUAGUGCGAAACCUAAGGAACGGUCGUACAACAACUCGAGGUACAUAUACGGAGACAUGGACUUCGCCGACGUUGAUUCUUGGAAACUAACCAGGAAUGACAUUGUCCUUGCUAGCCUACUAAAGUCCGGAUCUUUCGCUGAUAUAUACCUGGCAAGCGUUCGGAAACGUGGAAACCAAAUGGUCGCAAAAAUACUUAAACAGGGUUACACCAGCCGAGAUGCAUUCUUAAUGAAGGCCAAAAUCAACUUCUACUCCAUGGAAGUAGGCGAGCACGAGAAUGUCAUCUCCUUUGUUGGCGCUGUGAUUGACAAUACUGACAUGGGUCCAUUCAUCCUGUUCGAGUACUGCAGCAAAGGCCAGUUGAAUGAUCACGUGUCGACCCUGCGAAGCAAAGUGACUGUACAAGUUCAUGAACAGCUGCUUCGCUUCUGUUUGCAAGUGGCUCGUGGAAUGGGUUUUUUGGCUGCGAAAAAGAUUGUACACCGACGUCUGGCAGCUCGUAACGUUCUUCUGGACUCUAACAUGACGGCCAAGAUUUCAGGAUUCGGACCGAUGGUUGGAGAUGGGAGAGAAGGCGGCAAUAAUAAGAAACGUGAGAGAAUUUCAAUCAAAUGGAUGGCGCCGGAAUGUUUGAAAUCAACAAAAGAUGCAACUGAGAAAAGCGAUAUCUGGUGCUUUGGCGUGGUGCUGUGGGAGAUAUUUUCACUUGGCGCAGCACCGUAUGAUGACAUUCGAGGGAAGGAGUUGCCUGGUCGAUUAAAAAGUGGUUACCGUCUGCCAAAGCCAGAACACAGUGAUGAAAAGUGGUACGCGAUGAUGACUCGUUGCUGGCAGACGGAUUCCGCAAACCGACCCACGUUCAAGGACAUCCUUACGGAGCUCGACGAGGUCUUUGUGGCGGCACCGGUGGACGAUUACUACUAUUCCGUACAAUAGACAUACUAAUUCCUUAAGUUCAUAGGUUGAGAUGAAUAGUUUGUGGAUGAUGGUAUGUAGACGUAAAAUCCAACGCCAAAUGCAAUAAUAAAAUGCCAGCCUUUUGAUACGACGUGGUUAGUGAUACAUGACAAAGAAAGUAAGAAUAAUGGCUCAGAUUAUUACAUUUUUUUUGAAUAUAUGCAUUUUUUUCUUAGUCCGUUGUAUACACCAUAAGAGCCUAGUACACACGUUAUAUAUCAGUUCAAACGUGGACGUGGAUGUGUGACAAAGGUAAACGAUGCAUAUGUAAUACUUCGUUGCUAAACAACUAUAUAUUUAUAUAUUUUAGGCAUUGUAUUGCUUUAUUAUUUUUCUAAUAACUUUAAACAAUGUCUAUUCUUGUUUCGAGUAUACGAACAAGAAUUUGUUUAAAUAAAUUUGAAUUAUUGCUAUAUGGCAAAUUAAGUCUGCUCCAUUAAAGAUUUGCUUGAUUGGUAUUCACAAGUGACAUAUACAGGACAUGCACAUUGAACAGUUUGCUUUACAAUUAUAUUUAUUAUUGUAUAUUUAAAGGUAAAAACCAUUGUAUUCACAAAAAAUAAUUUGUCAUUAUGAACAAUACAUGAAUGGGUAUUAAAGCAAUAAAGGUUGUAAGCAGUAGUUAAAUAAUGUUAUUUUAUUAUAAAUAAGCACAUAGAUAGGAAAGCGAUAUUGAAAUUGACAAAUAUUCACAGUUGUUCAAAAACAGAAAACAUUCAAAUGAAUCGUAUUAAUUACGGCAUGAAUUUAAUUCGACAUAACACCACAAUAAUUUUAAAAUUCGUACGUGUCAAUUAAAACUGUAUGUAUGCUAAAUAACUCAUGAUUAAAAGUGUUAAUGUUGUUUUGCUUAUAUUAAAAAUGGAACAAUACAACAAAGUGCUGUCAGUCUUCUUUUUAAUUUGUGCUUCUUAUUUUUUAAUAUAUCUUU